AUGGCUGAACAGUUAAAGGACUUGAAGCUUACGCAAGUCCAGCAGGUGAAUAAGAUAAGAGUGGAGGAGGUGUAUGCCUUGUGUGAGUGUCCAGGGCAUUUAGUCACUGCUUACCCUGCGUUUCCCAUUGUUAAGGAUGCAUACCAUAGCAAUCAAACUGAGGACCCAGUUGACCUAGUUAACGGUGGCAGUUGGACACAAGUCCAGCAGGAGAAGGGAAGGUUUCCUUCUCAACCUCAAGUCAAUACCGCGGGUACCCAUUUUAUAGGCAAUUCUUCUGGCCUGAGUAAUUUGAACCCCAGUCUGGAAGAGGCUAAGGCGAUCACCACUCUCAGAAGUGGGAAUCCAGUGGCUGAACAAGUAGUUUCUCCAGACUUGGGAAGUGUUCCUGAGGAAGAGGAUGAGUCAGAGUCUCCUGAAGUGGAGGUGUCUGCGCCUGCAGCCCCGACUCUGUCACCACCCGUUGCUCCAUAUUCCCAUCGCUUGGUGGCGAAGCCCAAGGCCAAUGUUUUGAAGGAUUUGUGCACUUCAAAAUGGAGGACUAAGAGUCAGGACAAAGUUCUUCUGACUGAGCAAGUGAGCUCUAUCCUUCAAGCUGAUAUCCCAACCAAGUGCAAAGACCCUGGUUGUCCCACCAUCCCUAUAGCUAUCGUAGGCCAGCAAUUUGAUAAGGCAUUACUGGAUUUAGGAGCAAGUGUCAACCUGCUCCCAUAUUCGGUAUACUUACAGCUUGGCCUCGGCGAUCUGAGAACCGCACCGGUCACACUACAGUUGGCUGACCGGAGUGUGAGAGUUCCGAAGGGUGUGGUGGAUGAUGUUUUAAUUCAGGUUGGCGAGUUCCUUUUGACAGUCGACUUUACUGUCUUGGAUACUUGCCCGAUACUAGAGGUCUUCGAGAAGACUCCUAUUAUCCUUGGUCAUCCCUUCCUAGCCACCUCCAAUGCUGUCAUGAACUGCACAACUGGACAAGUCUAA